AUGAAACUCUUAGAAAAAAUGAUAUAUGUAGAAUGUUUUAUGUUAAUUAUGGUGACAUGUUUCGUAUCUAUGAGUCUUGGUGACAUAGGUGAUGUAGCCGAAGCACCCAUGAUUGGUCAUGACAGCAACGGGCUCGACACUUCUUGGUAUGACGCACGAGCCACAUUUUACGGUGAUGUCCAUGGUGUAGGCACUCAACAGGGAGCUUGUGGAUAUGGUGAUCUAUUCAAACAAGGCUAUGGUCUAGAGACAGCAGCAUUAAGCACGGCACUCUUCAACAACGGAUACACAUGCGGGGCUUGUUACGAGAUCAUGUGUACACGUGCUCCACAAUGGUGUUGGCCCGGAUCCAUCAAGAUCACAGCAACAAAUUUCUGUCCACCAGAUUACACCAAAACAAGAGACAUUUGGUGUAAUCCACCACAAAAACACUUUGAUCUCUCCCAACCAAUGUUCCUCAAGAUCGCCAAGUACAGAGCCGGGGUUGUCCCGGUUAGAUACAGACGUAUUCCUUGUGCAAAGGCCGGUGGUGUCAAGUUUGAACUCAAAGGUAACCCUUAUUUCUUGAUUGUCUUGCCGUACAAUGUAGGCGGAGCGGGAGAUAUUAAGUACGUGCAAGUCAAGGGAACCAGGACCGGGUGGAUAACAAUGAGCAAGAAUUGGGGACAAAACUGGACCACUGGUGUUGUAUUGACCGGCCAAGGUUUAUCAUUGAGGAUUACGACAAGUGAUGGGAUUACAAAGGAUUUUAUCAAUGUUGUUCCACCAAGUUGGGGAUUUGGUCAAACUUUUGAUGGAAAAUUUAACUUUUAG